UGUGUGAGGCGAUUGAGACUUCGGGACAGCAACAGGACUGCAAACAUUGCCAACAACUGAAGUGUUGACAUUUUUAAAGCGUCGGAACAUAAACAUUAUCUAUGAAACAGUCCAAGUGAUACAAACAACUAAAGUUACAAGUCAGAAAAUCGCACAAGUGAAGGAAAAGUGGAAAAACAGCACUUAACAAAUGUGUUUAUAUUUGGGUGUCGUGGAGCAUUUGGUGGAUGUGGUCGCCUAUUGUGUGUGCCGUGUGCUGGAGCUAUCCUUGCUCACCUUCAUGAUGAUGUGCAGCACGGCCAAAGCCAAGUUGGCCAAUGUGCAAUUCAUCACCGCCAACAGCAGCAACAGCAACAAGAACAAUGAGAUGACAUUGGUCGAGCAAUGACCCAGAGCAACUGGAAAUGUUGUUGUCUUCACUGGCAGCCAACACAACACUUAAAGAGUGAAGCGAUGGGAGGGACGAGGGGAGAGGAGGGGGGGCCGGCAGUUUGUGACAUUUUAAUUUAAGUGACUUUUGUACGAAAUAUUUAAAAUAUAUAUGCAAUAUGUGUCUAUGUUUUCGAU